GACCUUGUAUUGUAUGGCUUUUACUUUUGUGUUGCGAGUUGUUGAAUGUAGAUGCAAAGUUGGCAUCGGUAGCUUCGAACCAGGAACAAACCUCUAGUAUUUAGAUCAAUGCGGACCUUGUACUGAACGUCGUACGAACCAAGGCUGCAAAUAGAGACGAAUUUAUUUUGAAGGCUUAUCACCAGUCCAUCAUGAUGUACUGUCAGCAUUUCAUGUCCAUAUUACUGUCCGUCUUCAUUCUCUCUGUUUGUUGUCAUUGUAAAGCGUUUCACGCUUUAGCUCGUAUCAAGACAAAGACAUCAAGUCAAGAUCAAGCUGUGGCCGUUACUGCAUUGAUCAAGAGACUCAUACCAAAUCGAGCCAAUGAAUUCAAGAUUCUAGUCAACCCAUCCUUAGGACCACCAAACCUUGAUACAUUUCAGAUUGUGACACAAGAGGGCUUCGUCAACAUCACCGGUACCACAGGCAUUGCAGCGGCAUGGGGGUUUUAUCACUACUUGAAGAAUUACUGUGGAUGCCACAUCUCCUGGGCAGGGGAUCAAGUAAAGGUGCCAUCACCGCUACCUAAAGUCCAACCAGCAGUGAAGAUAACCAGUCCAAACAGGUUCCGGUACUACCAGAAUGUCUGUACGGUCAGCUACUCCUUCGCCUUCUGGAAUUGGACUCGUUGGGAGCAUGAGAUAGACUGGAUGGCAAUGAAUGGAAUCAACCUACCUCUUGCCUUCACUGCCCAGGAGGCGAUCUGGCAGAAGGUCUAUCUUAAGAUGGGAUUCACCCAGGAAGAACUGGACACACACUUUGGCGGACCUGCUUUCCUUGCAUGGGCACGCAUGGGGAACAUGAAAGGCUGGGGCGGUCCCCUGACUCCCUCGUGGCAUGCCAAUCAGCUCCAGCUUCAACAUCAGAUCUUGACGAGGAUGAGGGAACUUGGAAUGACACCUGUCUUGCCGGCUUUUGGUGGACACGUUCCUGAUGCUAUAACAAGGCUAUUCCCCAAUGCCAAAGUAACCACCAUGACCAAGUGGGGGCAUUUUGUUAGCGAGGAUCCAAAGUACUGUUGUGUAAAAUUUCUAGACCCCUCAGAGCCUUUGUACCAGCAGAUUGGGAGAGCAUUCAUUAAAGAGAUGAUAUCAGAAUACAAUGGUACUGAUCAUGUCUACAACACUGACCUGUUUAAUGAGAUGGCUCCCUUAUCAGAUGAUCUGCAGUAUUUAGCGAAUUCCAGUAGAAACGUGUACAAGACGAUAACAUCAGCAGACCCCAGUGGGAUUUGGUUGAUGCAGAGCUGGUUGUUUAACAACGCAAGUUAUUGGUACAAAGAACGCAUCAAGGCUUUCUUACUAGGUGUACCACUGGGUCACAUGAUAGUAUUGGAUUUAGCGGCAGACACUGGGCCUGCUUAUGACAGAACCAAUUCCUUCUAUGGUCAGCCUUUUAUCUGGUGUAUGCUUCACAACUUUGGUGGUAACCAUGGAUUGUAUGGUAGACUGGACUUUGUCAAUAAGGCUGUGUUUACAAGCAGAUUAUUCCCUGGUUCCACCAUGAUGGGUACCGGUCUCACUCCAGAAGGCAUAAAUCAAAAUGAUGUCAUGUUCGCAUUCAUGAACGACCUUGCAUGGCGCAAUGCUCCUGUAAAUAUCACAGCAUGGAUUGAUUCUUACGCAGUCAGACGCUAUGGAUCAUUUUCCAUUCAUACACAAGCUGCAUGGAGGAUUCUUAAAGACACGAUCUACAACUUAGUUGAGGGGAUCACAAAUCACAACCACAAUGCCCUAGUUUUGAGGCCCUCAUUAACCAGUCAGCCAGCCGUAUGGUAUGAUUGGACAGAAAUUGCUCAGGCUUGGCUGCUUAUGAUUAAUGCAUCAGCGGAACUGGGUAGCAGUGACCUCUUCAGGUAUGACCUGGUGGACGUUGGACGUCAAGUGCUUCAGGACCUCUCCAAUGUCUACUAUCAAAGAUUCCUGGCAGCUUAUACUGCACGAAACAUAUCAUAUGCGAGUGCCAAUCUGAACAAGUUCCUUGAUGUACUGUUGGACAUGGAUACUCUCCUGGGAACCGAUUCUCACUGGCUGCUAGGUAACUGGCUGGAGUCGGCCAAGGCACUGGGUACAACAGUUAAGGAGCAGAAAUGGUUGCAGUAUAAUGCACGGUGCCAGAUUACCAUAUGGGGUCCCCACGCUGAGAUUAAUGAUUAUGCAAAUAAACAGUGGGCUGGCCUCGUGAAAUCGUAUUAUCAUCGAAGAUGGAGCUACUUUGCUUUUGAGUUUGAGAUGUUUAUGAAGGAAGGCUGGCAUUGGAACCAGGCUAACUUCAAUGAGAUGUGCUUCCAAUCUAUUGAGAGUCCAUGGUCGUUUGAUACAACGGAGUACACCACAACCCCACAAGGAGACACAAUUGUUGUGUCUGAGAUGUUGUAUGAGAAGUACAAAGGAGAAAUGCAAUGAGGAGAUAACAGACUGGUGAUAACCUAACACUGAAUUAAUGAAAGUCCAGUCAAACCAUUCAAUAAUGCAAUAGUCUUUCUUAUAAAUUGUAUCAAUAUAAACCACAAGGGAAACUGACUGGGUAAAUUUUGAAAUGAUUUUUGGGGUUGAGGGACCUCCGGAUUUUGGGGAACUCCGGAUUAACGUGCCGGCACGUUAAUCCGGAGUUCGUUGGUUCGAAUCCCAUUCUAGUCAAUUCUUUGUUCAACCCCAAAAAUCUUGUAAAUUGUGUUACAUGAAGAGAAUACAGCGCUGAAUUUGGUACUCAUAUACAAUUUGGUACUUAGAUACAAAUUCCCUGUUUUGGUGGUUUUUAUUUAUACUUUUUCUAUGCAAUGGGUGUUUUUCUUUCACUAUUGACCAAUUGCACAGAAAGUUUGGUAGGGUUGUAAAUAUGCUUAUAAUAUUGGAAUUUACCACGAGGUUACUAGUCUUUGACAAUUUAUCAAAACUAUAACCUGCCUUUAACAGAAUUCUGCAAAGCAAAUAACCAGGAAA